GGGAGCACAAAAUCACACUGAAGAAACGUAUGGCCUCCUUCGCUCCUCUCUCUCUCUCUCUCUCUCUCUCUCUCUCUCUCUCUCUCUCUCUCUGCUGCCGCUGCUGCUUUCUCCAAUGCAGUUGUCCUCUUCACAUCCAACAUCUGACAUCACUUUCUAUGUUAUUGUAAACUCUCCAUCGCUCUUUCUCAUCACCUUGGUGGUCCUUCCUAAAGCUCCCUUUAUAACUCGCUUAUCACUUUCUCCAUCGCUUAUGGUACUCGUAGUAAAACACUACUUUCUCUCUCUUCUUCAAAUUAAAAUUCUUCUCUCCUCCUCCUCCCGGCUACCUAGCUAGCUACUUCCCUAGCUACCUGCUCCUGCUGCUUCCAGCUGCAUGCUGAUCAUCCUAUCUUCCUUCUCCAUCAGAAUUAACAAAAAAGCUUCUUCCCAUUCGUCUCCUUUUUCCAGUACCAUACCACGUAUUAUAUUAUAUACAUAUAAAUUAAUUGGUCCCCGGCCGUGACUCUUCCCAUCUUUUGGACAAAGACAUUUUACAUAUACUUAUAUACAUAUAAAGGCAUGUCUAGCAGAAGGUCAAGGCAGUCGGGUGGCUCCAGGAUCACAGAUGAUCAGAUAAUUGAACUUCUGUCCAAGUUGCAGCAACUUCUUCCUGAGAUUCGCGGCAGCCACUCCGAUAAGGUGUCGGCAUCGAAGGUACUGCAGGAGACCUGCAACUACAUCCGUAGCUUGCACAGAGAGGUGGAUGACCUAAGCGAGAGACUGUCCCAGCUCCUGGCUACAACAGAUGCUGACAGUCCUCAGGCUGCGAUAAUCAGGAGUUUAAUCAUGUAAUAUCAUGAAUUUCUUAAUGCUCUUAUGUGUGUGUGUGUGUAUCGUACGUACUUGCUUCAAGUGUUUGGUCACUGCUGCUGCUGGACCAAAUUAGCUAAUGAGUUAAGAAAUCUUAGCUGUCCUAAUAGAUAUAUAUAUAUAUAUAUAUAUAUAUAUAUAUAUGGAUGCAUCUGGUUAAUUAUGUGUAAUUUAUUAGUUGUAUAAUUAAUGAAAAGGCUUGUACUAGCCAAGUCAAUUUUCCAGCUUUA